AAAGAAGAUAAUAUUCGUUCCUUAACUAUGCUCGAUCAUUUUGGUUUUGAAUGUUUGCCUCAUCAAUUGGCGAACAAAUCUAUUCAACAAGGAUUCUCUUUUAAUAUUCUCUGUGUGGGGGAAACUGGAAUUGGAAAAUCAACACUGAUUGACACAUUGUUUAAUACUAAUUUGAAAGACAAAAAAUCCUCACAUUUUUACUCAAAUGUUGGACUCAAAAUUCAGACAUAUAAACUUCAGGAAAACAAUGUUCAGUUGAAAUUAACUGUUGUGAAUACAGUGGGAUAUGGUGAUCAAAUAAACAAAGAAGCCAGCUACCAACCAAUAGUUGACUACCUAGAUGCUCAAUUUGAGGCCUAUCUUCAAGAAGAAUUGAAAAUUAAACGUUCCUUCAUUGACUACCAUGAUUCUCGUAUCCAUGUGUGCCUUUACUUCAUUUCACCUACAGGACAUUCUCUGAAGUCCCUUGAUUUAUUAACCUUGAAGAAUAUUGACAGUAAGGUGAACAUUAUACCACUGAUUGCCAAAGCAGAUACAUUGUCAAAAAGUGACUUACAGAAAUUUAAGUUUAAGAUAAUGAAUGAAUUGGUUAGUCAUGGCAUACAGAUAUACCAGUUCCCAACAGAUGAUCAAAGUACUGCUCAAGUGAACUCCUCAAUGAAUGGACACUUACCUCUUGCUGUAGUGGGAAGUACGGAUGAAGUGAAAGUUGGAAAAAGGGUGGUCAGAGGCCGUCAGUACCCUUGGGGAGUUUUACAAGUGGAAAAUGAGAAUCACUGUGACUUUGUUAAGCUCCGGGAUAUUCUUCUUAGCAGAAAUAUGGAAGACCUGAAACAACAAACCCACACUUGGCACUAUGAAAAUUAUAGGUGCUGCAAACUGCAGGAGAUGGGCUUCAGUGAUGUUGGCCCAAACAACCAGCCAGUUAGUUUUCAAGAGAUCUAUGAAGCCAAAAGACAGGAGUUCUCUGAUCAAUGUCAGAGGGAAGAAGAGGCGUUGAAACUGAAGUUUAUGCAGCUAGUAAAGGAGAAAGAAGCAACAUUUAAAGAAGCUGAAAAAGAGCUACAGGACAAGUUUGAGCAUCUUAAAAGAGUGCAACAAGAGAAGACAAUGCAACUUGAGGAGGAGAGAAGACAAUUGGAAGAAGAAAUAAUAGAUUUUUAUAAAAUGAAAGCUGCCUCUGAAACAUUGAAGACUCAGGUGUACACCAAUGUAAAGAAAGACAAAGAUCAUAAGAAAUAG